CCACCCCAUCCCUGGCAGGCUGAGGGCAGCGGCUUCAGUCGCGGGCUGAGGGCGGCGCGGCCGCCCCGAUGGCUGCCGUGUUCCUGGUUACGCUGUACGAGUAUUCGCCGCUGUUUUACAUCGCCCUGGUGUCCGUCUGCUUCCUCGUCACCAGCGCGCUCGUCCUCGGCUGGUUUGGUUUGGGUGUUCCUGUUAUUCUGAGGAACUCAGAAGAGACAGAAUCCAGCACAAGGGUGUUGAAAAAGCGGAUGAGACAAGUGAAGAAUCCUUUUGGGUUAGAGAUCCCUAAUCCUGCUGCAGCUUCAGUAACAAGGGGUGUAACCCUGACACCUGACUGCCUGGAGGACUGUGUCCUUACCUGCUACUGGGGCUGCAACGUCCAGAAACUCCAUGAAGCACUGCAGAAACACGUCUACUGCUUCAGAAUAAAGACUCCUCAGGCAUUAGAGGAUGCUCUCUACAACGAAUACCUCUACAAACAACAGCACUUCAUUAAAAAAAAUGACAAGGCAGAGAAAUAUUGUCAGUUACCAGAAGAUGCUCAAGUUGUGGAUUUUGGCCCUGUGCCUAGAGCUCACUAUCCCUUGGUAGCACUGCUGACGUUAGCAGAUGAAGAAGACAGAGAAAUAUAUGAUAUUAUUGCAAUGGUGGCUGUAAUUCACGUUCCUGAUGAAAGCUACAGACUUUCCUGCCGAAUUUUGUAUCAGUAUCUCCUCCUAGCUCAAGGUCAAUACCAUGACCUGAAGCAACUCUUCAUGUCUGCAAAUAGCCCUGCACCCUCCUCCAGCGAUACCUUCCCUGGUGAGAGCAGCACUGACAGAGGGCUGCUGGAAAAGGCCGGGCUGGCUGGAGAUGAACCAGAAUUGCAGGAAGAAAACAGCAAAGACUGUGUUGUUUGCCAGAACGGCCCCGUGAACUGGGUCCUCCUGCCCUGCAGACACACGUGCCUGUGCAAUGGCUGCAUCAAGUAUUUCCAGCAGUGCCCAAUGUGCAGGCAGUUCGUGCAGGAGUCUUUUCCACUUUGCAGCAAAAAGGAGCAAGAUGAGGAUGAAUCGACCCAUGUCUUGCAAGAUGUUCUUCCUGGAAGAGUUUUUUAACAGCAGUUAAAAAUAAAAGACCUGGGUUGUUUGCACUAAGAUUAAAUGUGGAAGCCAGACUAUUUAUGGGAGGAUAUGUAGAGUUAACUUGUAGGAUUUUGCUUUUUUUUUUUUGUUGGGUAAUUUUCAGCUUCCUUAUUUUUCCUCGCUCCAUAUGCUCGCAGGAGCACUGCUUACCCGUGCAAUGUGGACAGGAGAAGUGCGUAGGAUAGCUCUGAAGGAUGUGAUUUUAUUUAUAACUGCUUCCUAGAUUUUCUUGGAGCACUAUUGGAGGCUAUUUUGACUACUAAAUUUAGGCUGUCUACUAAAAAAAGAGUAAAACUUGCAAGUGCAGUUGCACAAGGCUCAUUCUAUAUUUAUUGUGUUUAAAAUACUAGAGCCAUGUAUCAUUUUAACUCAGUAUAAUUUAGGAACUUAGCACUUUACAGAAUGUACCAUAUGAAGGAAAGUAAAUAUUCUUCAUCAUUAA